AUGUUGGAACUCCGUCUGAUGCAGGGAUCCUUAUCGAAGAAGGCGGCCGGUGCGAUGGAGGAUCUGAUCAGUGACGCCAACUUCGAUUGCUCGUCGACGUCGUUCGGUCAUCAGACCAUGGGUUUGAGCUUAUGGCCCUCCUACUCAGCGAUGAAGGAGCACUUCCGCUACGACCGACCGUCGGAUCUUGGUGCCGAUGCACCUUUGGCGGUGGACUGGACGGAUGAAGGGUGGUUACAGCGAGCCGUGGAUGGUAAAAUCAUUCUCCCUAGUCCCAUUAGGGAUCAAUCUGAUCUAGCAACUUGUGGCUGUCACGCCGUCGCGGCUGCUUUGGAAGCGGCUCAUAACAUAUUGAACCGAGACAAGGAGCCAGUGUCAUUGUCAGUCCAGGAGCUGAUUGACCACAGUAACACAAAGUUUGAAAUAAUUCCGCAUGUUCAGUUGAAGACGGUCGCCAAAAUCAUCAAAAGGGAACAACUCAGUCUAGAGAGCCAUUACCCCUACCGCCCUGGCAAAAAGUUCCAUCCACAGAGAAAACUAAAUCCCUCAAAAGUUGUCGGAAUCAGGAAGAUCGAAAAAUUUGAGACUGUUGUUGAGUCAGAGAUACUUAAGCUGGUCGAGCGGCAGCCCGUCAUAAUGAUCUUGAAUCUCGGGAGCGCGUUUGAGAACUGGAAAUCAUCUGGAGUCUACAAAGGACCGGAUCCUGGGAUCGAGAAAAACAAUGGCCAUGCUGUACUCAUCGUCGGGUACGGAACCACAAACUCUGGUAUCAAUUUCUGGAAGAUCAAAAAUUCAAGUGGCAAGCACUGGGGAGAAGAUGGAUACUGCAAGAUCUGUAGAGCCUCAAGAAAUAUUUUAAUUUUGCAUGUUGCUGCAUUCAGUUAGAGGUUGUCUUUCUUAUCAAGAAAUUAGAAUAAUUAAUGGCUUUGGUCAUGAUUUAUUCCAGAAAGCAUGUUAUGAUCUCGAGUAAUUGGCGGAUGGUGACAAGAGGAGUAACUGUUUGAAAGAAAUUUCCUUUUGGGAUUCUGGAUACAAAGUAAGGAAUAUGUUUGUCAC